GAAGAUGGCAGUUGCUUCAUCAUAGUCCGAUCCGGAAUGACAAGGGAUGGCUUGGCUGGAUGUCUCAACCGGGGCGGUGAAGAUCGCCUUUGUUUCAGACAAGCACUUCCUGAGUGCCAACCAUUGCAUUUGAUGUUAUUCCAGAUCAACCAGCUCUCGCGAUGCCGCGCCAAGUGACCACCCUCCCCCUCCUCCGGGGCACAACAACCCUAGAAGCAGCGCUGAAGUCAGAGGAGGAUAUCCUGCUUGACCUAGACUUGCCGGAACAGCGCGUAGACUUCUUUGUGUCGCUGUACAGCAAUCGUGAUGAAAUCGAGCGGAUCGCAUCCUAUCACCUUGGUUUGGAGCGUACAGAAACAUGCCGCAUCGGAGGCGUCAACGAAUGGGUCCACGGCAGCUUCAACGUCUGCAUUCCGCUCUAUGUCGGCGAACGAGAGCUUCCGGAAAAGCGAGCGCUGAUCAGAUUCCCCUUGCCUUAUAAAGUGGGGGAAUUCAAGCACCCUGGCAAUGUGGACGAAAAGCUUCGCUGCGAAGCCGCGACCUUUAUCUGGAUGGAGGAGCAUUGUCCGGAAAUACCCAUUCCUCAGCUGUGGGGGUUUGGGCUGGUUGGGGGCCAAAGUUUUACGAAACCGCAGAAUACCCCUUUGAGAGUGAGAUUUUUCUGGUCUUUCAAACAAUUCCUUACGAGGCUCUUGGGGCACCCCCUGCCCUGUCCCUAUGUUCGCCAUCAACGUUCGGCACUGCUCGAAACUGGGUACUUGGUGAUGGAGGAUGUCGGAAACUCGGACGUUCAAAUGCUCUCUGAGACAUGGGACGAGCACCGUUCCCAACAGGACAAGAGAAGGAACCUCUUCAAGGGUCUUUCUCGCAUCAUGCUCUCUCUAAGUCGCAUCCCACUACCUCGCAUAGGCUCCUGGACAUUAGACUCUAAUGGGGUCCUACAACUUUCCAACCGACCUCUCACCCUUCGACUGCAUCAAUUAGAAAACGGGGGAAUCCCGACAAACAUCAGUCGCAGCUUGACAUACUCAGCCGCGGACGCAUACUAUCAUGAUCUUCUGUCCUGUCAUGACAGUCGCAUCCGGCACCAGCCAAAUUCCAUAACAGACGAAGAGGACGCCCGAGCCCAGAUGGCACGACUAACGAUGAUGAGAGCUCUAAUACCUCACUUCUCCGACCGCGAGUAUCGAUCAGGACCCUUCUUCUACCGACUCACCGAUCUCCAUCCCAGCAACCUCUUCGUCGACAGCAACUGGAACAUCAAAGCCGUGAUUGAUCUCGAAUGGGCAUGUUCACUACCCGCGGAGACACUCCGUCCUCCGUACUGGCUUACCGGCCGUUCCAUCGACGAACUAACCGGCAAACAUCUGGAAACCUUCCGGCGCGCGCACGACGAGUUUGUGGAUAUUUUCGAGCAGGAAGAAAAGCUCUUUCCUCCUAUCACUGUCAACGAUGUCUCUUUUUCCAGGACAGAUCUCAUGAGAAGGAGCUCGCAGGUCGGAGCGUUCUGGUACUUCCAUGCUCUGGAUAGUCCGAAGGGCCUGUUUAACCUCUUCGGUCAGCAUGUUUAUCCGCGGUUUAUAUCCUCCCGGGGUAUUCCGCGCGAGUUUUCGGAGGUUGCUUCGGGACUCUGGGCUCCUGAUGGAGAGGAUGUGAUUGCUCACAAACUACGGGAUAAGGAGGGGUAUGAGGAGUUGCUGCGUCAACGGUUCGAGGAGGCUGCUGAUGGUGCCCGGGAUAAGGCUUUAGGGCACGAGGAAAAAUAAAUUACGG